AUGUCGACCAUUACCGAAGUCUCGAGCAUGGCUCAGUGGGAGCAGGUCCUCGCCGGGGCCGCGCCGUCGACGCUCCUGGUCGUCUCGUUCCACGCGCCUUGGGCCGCUCCCUGCGCGCAAAUGGCUACGGUCCUGUCUACCCUCGCUGCCGAGUACCCCGUCACCUCACCGCCGAGCACGCAAUGGUUCUCCAUCAACGCCGAGGAGCUGAGCGACAUUAGCGAGACGUACGACGUCACCGCCGUGCCUUUCCUGGUGCUGCUGCGCGGCGGUCAGGUCCUCGAGACGGUCAGCGGCAGCAACGCCGUCAAGGUUCGCAACGCUAUCGAGUCACACGCGGGAAGCAAGGCGGAACCUGCGGGCACCAACGGAGCCGUCGCGCCUGCUGCCGCCACCAACCAGCCAGAAGCCCACCCCGAGACCAACAAGGCCGAUCUGUUUAAGCGUCUAGAGGAUCUUGUCAAGGCGGCCCCCGUUAUGCUCUUCAUGAAGGGCACGCCAAGCUCGCCCCAGUGCGGUUUUUCGCGACAGAUGGUUGGUAUCCUUCGAGAGAACUCUGUCAAGUAUGGUUUCUUCAACAUUCUGGCGGAUGACGAGGUUCGCCAGGGCCUCAAGGAAUACGCCGAGUGGCCAACAUAUCCCCAGCUGUGGAUGGACGGUGAGCUUGUUGGCGGGCUGGAUAUCGUCAAGGAAGAGAUGGAGAACAAUGGCGAGUUCUUCAAGGCGUACACGGCGGCCGCCACAGAUGCUGCGGCAGCAUGA